AUGAGAAACUAUACAGGGAUAACAUUAUUUAUUCUCAGGGGAUUGACGGAUAACCCACAGCUGAAAGUUCUACUUUUUAUCUUUCUGUUUCUAACCUAUAUGUUGAGUGUAACUGGGAACUUGACCAUCAUCACCCUCACUUUGGUGGAUCCCCACCUUAAAACUCCCAUGUAUUUUUUCCUUAGAAAUUAUUCCUUCCUAGAAUUGUCAUUCACAACUGUCUGUAUUCCCAGAUUCUUGUACAACAUGUCAAUUGGUGACUAUACUGUGUCCUAUAAUGCAUGUUUCACUCAAUUAUUUUUUGGUAUCCUCCUUGGGGCCUCAGAAUUUUUCCUUUUGGCUGCCAUGUCUUAUGACUGCUAUGUAGCCAUGUGCAAACCCCUGCAUUACGCAACCAUCAUAAAUAACAGAAUUUGUAACCAGCUCCUCCUGGGUUGUUGGCUAUCCGGGUUGAUGAUCAUUCUUCCACCACUUGGCAUGGGUCUUGAGCUAGAAUUCUGCGACUCCAAUAUUAUUGACCAUUUUGUCUGUGAUGCAUCACCAUUGCUGGAGAUCACAUGCUCUGAUACACAGCUCCUAGAAAGAAUGAUUUUAGUCUCUGCUGUUUUGACACUCAUCAUCACCUUAAUGUUAGUGGUUCUAUCUUAUGCCUAUAUUGCCAGGACUAUUCUGAGAUUCCCCUCUGCCCAGCAAAGGAAAAAAGCCUUUUCCACUUGUUCCUCUCACAUGAUUGUUAUCUCCAUGACUUAUGGAACCUGUAUCUUCGUCUAUAUCAAACCUUCUGCAAAAGAAGGGGUGGCUUUGAAUAAGGUGGUGACAGUACUUGCAACCUCAGUGGCACCAGUAAUGAACCCCUUUAUUUACACCUUGAGGAAUAAACAAGUGGAGAUAUCCAUCAGAGAAUACUCAAAGUAG